AAUGCUGAUGCAGCGCCGUUUUAUAAUGGAAGCAAGACCCCGCCAUCUUGGAAAAAAAGGAUUCUCUGGACCUGAAAUAACUGGGAAAAAAAAAACGCAAUUGCUCUGUCGUUUCUCUCAACUUGAUCUUCUCACCUCCAUUCUUGUUCUCUCUCCCCUCUCUGCAACCAGGUUCGUCUUCUCAGCAUCCUUGCCCAAAUUUAAUUUCUCCAUAAAUAAGGAAAAGGAACUGUCGCAAUUGAACACCUAAAUUUUUUUUUUUUUAAAAAGGGGAAGCACUGUUUUAUUUACUAAACUAACCUCUUUAUCUAUCCCCUUUUCGAUAUCUGCUCUUAAAUUAUCUUGUCUACGUUUACUUUGAACUGGAGCCCUAGAUUUCUCGAUCUUUGAAACUUUAUCCAAACUAUAAAUUUUCUGGGUUGAUAUCUUCUGUUUUUUUAGUAUUUCAAAAGCCCUGGGGUUCGAUUUCUUGUAGCUCUAGGCUUUCGUUUUUGGUCAAUGGAUGUUCAGUUGGUGAACAAGGCGUUGACUUUUUCUCGAAGGAAGAAGAAAUGGCUUAUUUUGUUAGCUAUGUGUGGAGUCUCUGGUUAUGGGGUCUACAAGGUGUAUAAUUUACCCUCUGUGGUGAAGAAAAGGAAGAGGUUGUUGAAGAUCUUUGGAGCUCUAAUUUCGUUAGCUGAAUUGGUCUCCGAUUCCGCGGAGACGAUUAAUGUUGUCUCCAAGGACUUGAGAGAGUUUUUGCAAUCUGAUUCUGAUCAAGUUCCUAAUAGUUUGAAGCAAAUUUCAAAGAUCGUUAGAUCAGAGGAUUUUUCCCAAUCGUUAAUUAGGGUUACUGAGGCUUUAACAGUUGGGGUUUUAAGAGGGUAUAAGUCAGAAUCAGGGGAUGAGAAUGAGUUGGCAACGGGUUCGGUGAAUUCCAGCUUUACUGAUAGGGUAAUGGAUAGAGUUUUCUCUAAUGCUGGGACUGGUUUUGUAUCUGUUGUGGUUGGUAGCUUUGCUAGGAAUUUGGUUCUGGGGUUUUACUCAAAUGGUGGAGAAACUGAUGGGUUGAGUGGGAAUGGUGGGUCAUCUGAAGUGCCCAAAUGGGUUAAUGUGCUUUAUGAUGAUAAGUGCAAAGAGCUGAUGGCUGAAUGCAUACAAAGAUUUGUAAGCACAGCUGUUGCGGUUUAUCUUGACAAGACAAUGGAUAUUAAUACUUAUGAUGAAAUUUUUGCUGGGCUGACCAAUCCAAAGCAUCAAAACGAUGUGAGAGACAUUUUGGUGUCUGUUUGUAAUGGUGCUGUGGCAACGCUGGUGAGGACGUCACAUCAAGUGUUGACAAGUUCAAACUCGAAUUCUCAGUCAAGUUUGGAUUCUACUUGUUCAAAUAUUGAUCAGAGUGAGGCAGCUGGUGGAAUGAGAGAUGGCUGUUUCAAGAAGGAAGCACCUUUAAAAGGGGUGCAAGAGGGGAGCUCAUUAGACGGGAUUCAGAAUGGUGGUUGGGUUGAAAAGGUCUCAUCAACAUUGGCAGUUCCCAGCAAUAGGAAGUUUGUGCUUGAUGUGACUGGGAGGGUGACCUUUGAAACAAUAAGGUCUAUAGUGGAGUUUCUGUUAUGGAAGCUUUCAGAAGGUGUUAAAAGAAGCAUACAUGUUGUCCAUGAGGAGGUUGUGGAAAGGGGACUGGAUGUUAUCAGAUAUAUUGGUGCAAAGUCUUCCGUUAUCGUUACCAUUUGUCUUGCUCUGUACUUACAUAUCCUGGGUGGUAGUAGGGUUCUCUUGCCUGCUUGAAUGGGUUUGUUCUGUCUUUUCAUGGGAAUACACUGAAAUCUUACUGAAGUUGCUUAUUUCAGAAGGCCCUGUUUGUAUCUCCCUCCCUUGCAAAUAAAAUGUAUAACUAAGGUAGUGCAGUUCAUUUUUAUUAGCAUUAUUCAAAUGUAUAGUCAAUAUUCUCACUGCUAUAUACCACAAUUAGUGGUAUUUGUUGUUACACAAAAAUCAAUCCCUGCAAGAUAUAGAUUGUAUUAGUGAUUUAGCAACCAAAGGAACAUAGAAUAUUCACAUUAAUGUGCUUUGGGAUUACGAAUUCCAAUAUUUGUAUCAAUUUUUUGGCCAUUGUUAAUAACAGCUUGUAUCAUUCAGCAUCA